AAUUUCUUCUUCCUUCCAAAACCACAUAGAUCAGAUUCAAAGUCUCAUCUCUCUCUCUCUAUCUAAAAAAUGGAUCUAAAAUCUUGUCAGAAAUUCACCAUUUUAAUACUUUUCUCACUCUUCCUUCAUUAUACUGUUGCUGAUGGAACAUCCUCCGUGUUUUUCCUCGACAACCCAUCUCAUCAUUACUUCCGUGAUGCUUCUUCUAAGAUAAAUUCCAUGUCUCUUUCCGAAGUUGGUGCUACUGUAUCAGUCUUGCUUGGGUUUGCACCUCCUGUUACUCUCUCCUCUGCUAGUUCUUCGAAGUUGAAUGAGGUACUCGCACCAAAUCCAUUUGAUAGGCCGCGUUCUGUCCUCAUUGUAGAAGUUACAGGAGCUGAAGGUGUUUCUAUUGAGGCUCUUAGAAGCAAUGUGGUAAACGAAAAUAGAGCUGAAAUUCAACUUCCAGAUGCAGAUGAAGUUUCUCUUUUUUCACUGGAUGAACCAAAAACAGAUGCUGAAUAUUCAGACAAAGAACUGAGUGACUUUGCAUCAUGGUUGAGUGGUUCUUAUGUGAAUGGAGAGCUGACAAUCCCCUCGGAGAAUGACGCAAAUUUGAAAUUUCAAUUGUCAAAGGGAGUAGAUAGGGAGUUUGUAACAAGUCUUGUUUCACUCACCCGUAAGAUUCAAAGAGCAAUGGAGACGCACCAAGAUUUGUCUGGAGCUGUGCACCGUCCUUCUGAGCUAAUUUCCGGAAAAUUUGAUGGCCUUAAGGCUCUCAAAGAGCAUUAUGGAGCAGAAGGUGUUGCUAAAGGAACUAAAUUGUUCAGUAUUGUGAUGUCGAAGAUGUUUGAUUCCUUGAGUGAAGCCUACAAAGGUCAAAUUGUUGGAGUCAUUGUCUGUAACGAAACACCUUCAGUAGCAGGGUCAUUGUUCAAUGUCGUUUUCACUUCUCGGCCAUCUGCCCGCUGGCUGGAGGAAGCAAAAGCUUUACCCAAUGCAACUGCUAUUGAAGAAAUUAUAUUGGUUAGACGAACUGUUGCAUGGAUUACAGGAAUCUUGCUCAUAAUUGCCACUGUAUUAGGAAUUUACUUCCUCUUCAGCAUGCCACUCACAAGGGACACCCUUCUUUAUUCUAACGUGAAGCUCGACUAGAAUGUUAGAGCUGCAUUAAACCUUCGGGACAUCAGUGGUGCAAUCUGCCCAAUGAUAUUGUACAAUUGUGAUUCUCUCUCAUUCCUGUUGUUUAAAUUAUAUUGCCAUUGCCAAAGACCAACUUAUAGCUGUAAUAAAGCUGGUUUUGCUUACCGGGGUUUUCAUGACACUAGCUGUUUGUAGCAGUAUAUAUGGGGAAUUAUUCAUGGAUGCAAAUGAGUAGGGGCUGUUGUAGCGAAAACGGGUUGAGAGAACAGAUUAUGUUUUUGCUAGUAUGCAUUCAUUUAGGUUCUGGUAUGAUGUUUUGAUUUGUUGUAUUCAAAAUGAUAUUGGAAAGUAGUGGCUGCUUUAGUAUUUUUGUCAUGAAUAAGAUUUCAAAUUUGGGUCA